AUGAACUAUAGUAAAAGCACGAAAGAUUCUGCCUGGAACGGAGGCACGCUAGAUGAUGUGCAGACGGAGAGUGAAGCCAGCCUAGAUGCGGAUGCUGAGGAGCUCCAGGAUGAGCUGACUAAUGUGAAGCGGUACAGUGCAGGUGGCGCCACCGACUGCCUAAGCAAGCGUCUCCGAGCCGCCGCCAAUCACGUCGCUCCGUCGUUGCACGGCCGACUGAAUGGCGUGUGUGAGGACCGAGGGGACGUGUUGGACGGCGGCGUCGGCGACGCUGGCGGGGAGGCGGCGGUGGCGGAGCAGCAGCAGCAGCAGCAGCAGCAGCGGCUACGAACCAUCCUCAGUGUCGACCGGCAGGGUUCGACCGACAGUGAGGGCAAGCCGGACAGCAUCAGCAGCAGCAGCAGCAGUAGCAGGAGCAGCGGCGGCGGCAGCAGGAGCAGCAAUAGCAGCAGCAGGAAGAGGAGCCACGUGUCGUGGGCGGAUGAGGUACAGAGCGAUGGCGGCGGCGGCGGCCGCGCGUCCGGCUUCUGCGUGGAGUCAUCGACGGACGCCAACAGCCCUGAGGCGGGGAGGGGCAGCCCUGCACGCGCGGGCAGCCCUGCGUCCAUCGUCGGGCCGCGAGCGCGUGCGGGCAGCCCCGACGUCGCGCCGUUGUCGCCGCCGCGUCCGCAGCUGAGCAGUCUGGAGCUGCAGUCGUCGACGGAGAGUCUGUCUUCGCUCGACACGAUGAUGGCCGUCGUCGCAAAGUCGGCGAAGUCGGUGCUGCCGUCGCUGCCGCGUGAGCCACCCACCGAGAUCCGCUGCUACUUCCCCGGCUGCGGCCGCGUGUUCACGAACCGCAGUGACUUCGGCAAGCACCGCCGUCUCGGCACCCCGCAAGCGGACGCGACCGUCGCCGGUAGGGCGCCGUCGCCGACGCGUCCGGCGCCCGCGGGACGAGUGGCCGCCGGGGCGGCGACGGGCGGCGCACCGAGCGCUCGGAAUGGUGUGCGCAGCCUACUUCCCGCGCUGCAAGUACCGCAGACGACGCGCUCGCGGAGUACGUCGCGGCACGGUUACACGCACGAGGGCAUAAGGCGUCUGCUUCGGGUCCGGUCUGCGCGUCACCGACGACGACGGCGGCCGCGCGGUCGACUCGCUAGCGUUCGCCGUGCACAGCUCGGCUGUCUGUGAAAGGACGCCGGGCGCGGCGCGAUGCGUCUUUGCCGAUUGUG